AUGAAACACCAUAUGAGUUAUGAUUAUCUGGCCUCGCUCUUCCAGCAAGGAGUUCUGCGAGAGAUUGGACUCUUCAUGAAGAAGCACAGAGGCGGUGUUGCUAUAGAGUUAUGCAAUCCUGUCGCCGGGGCUUUCAACGCUUGUUUGCAAAUGAUAUUUGGUGACGGCGGAUUCUCGGAGGAAAAGAUUCGGAAAGAAGUAGCGAUUAUACGAUAUAUCGCUGACAAGACCUCAAUACCAGUACCGUUUGUUCUUCACUAUGGUAUGGAGGACGAGGGCCCAGCUGGAAUAGGUCCUUUCAUCCUGAUGGACUACAUAACUCAUGCACAUAACCUGACUGCGGAACUGAAUACGCCUGGUCUCAAACGGGAAGAUCGACCAAUUCUAAAUCCCGAUAUCCCCCAAGAAAAGCUCCGAUUUGCCUAUAGCCAGAUUGCGGGUGUUCUGCUGCAACUGUCCCGGCCCUCUUUCAUUCAAAUUGGGUCACUCGAAGAAGUUGAAGAUGGAAUCUGGUGUGUCACAGGUCGCCCCUUGACAUUCAAUAUGAACGAACUCGUCUCAGUGGGCAACUUUCCACCUAGCAAGCUGCCAGCUACAACUUUCACGACUUCAACCUCUUACUUCAGCGCUCUCGCAGAUAUGCAUCUGGUUCACUUAUCAACGCAACGCAACGAUGCCAUCACAUCAACAGAAGACUGCCAACACACAUACGUUGCUCGGCACCUUUUCCGCAGGCUCAUAUCAGAGGGCAAAUUUCCAAGUGCCCCAGAACAGAAACAAAAACCCUUCAAAUUAUUCUGCGACGACCUUCGCCCAUCUAAUGUGCUUGUUGAUGACGACUGCAGAGUUGUGGGUGUCAUAGACUGGGAAUUUACCUACGCUACUCCGGCCGAGUACUCUUACAGCCCCCCGUGGUGGUUGCUCAUCGAGUCUCCUGAAAAGUGGCCUCGUGGCAUUGCUGAUUGGGUGAAAACGUACGAACCAAGACUAAAGCUAUUCUUGGAAGUGCUUGAGGAACGGGAGGAUACCAUGAUCCGAGACGAGGGUCUGACAGAAGACCAACGAUUAUCAGCGCAGAUGAGGGAAAGUUGGGAGAAUGGUGAUUUUUGGGUGAGCCACGCGAUCAGGAACAGUUGGGCUUUCGAUGCGAUAUUCUGGGAGAAGGUCAACACGAAUCCGCGGUUCUUUGACAAACCUGGGUAUGAGGAGGGGCUGAAGUUACUUUCUUUAGAAGAGAGGAAUGGGAUGGGAGAUUUUGUAAGAAGGAAACUGGAGAAGAGUGAAACUCGGACGUUGGAUGACUGGGACGAAGAAGAAGUAGAAAGCAAUAGGGAAGGUUGGAUUUAG